CGAUACACAGGCAUCUUGUGAUCUUGUUUCGGACAAGAGUCAACAAAGCGAGGCUGAAAAGUACGAACUGUUUUACACAGCUGGCCUAAAGUCAGACGAGCUAUUCAAGAACAAGAGGAGACGAAACAACUAGAAUGGCGGUCUGCAAGGCAAAGCAGCAGAUCCUUGUUUGUCUUCUGUUGUGCUUUGUUCUACCAGCAACCACUGUGAAUGGCGUUAAGCAGAUCUCCAAAUGGGCUAGGGAUACCUCAAAACACCACACGUUUUUGACCGAGAAGUCCAGAUUGUUGGCUGGAGAAACCUUACAGGAUAAAACAACACUGAUACCAGAGGCAGCUUCUCAUAAACAUGAAGUAUCCUACCCUCGGGCAGCUCCACCGACACCUGGAACUACCGCCGCUGCUUUCCCUUUAGAUCCAGACUUUAUAGCAAGCAUGAUUCGGCUAAACAUGGACAAAUUGGCGCUAUUCAUGCCACUCGUUAAUACACUUAAAAGCUACUUUGACUUGAACUGGUUCUCAAACAGUGCCUUUCUAACGGUCAUAAACCAGUCUUUGAAAGUGUUGCUGCAGGAGUUUCCCAAAGUCCUGGAGAGUAAAGUUGUCCAUGGUACAAUUGAUGCCGUUAUUGCUGAAAUGGGUCGUGUGAAUUUCACGGGGGUUAACAUGAGCGAUGCUGGAGACAUUGUCAAAUCAGCGAUAUCUCGAUUAUCCUACUCAAACAUACUGGCUAAGUAUUACGAGCUGAUGAAGAAUAAUUCAGCCAUUCCGGACAGCCCUUCAUUGAAGUCCAAACUGGAAUCCAUGCUGUUAAAUUUCACGAUGGUCACUUUGCCAGCAUUCAUACGGAAUCCUUUAGUACAGGACAUUUCCAAUCUCGUAGAAACAGAGUUCAUGGCAGUGAAUCUAACCGGAGUGGACACAAGUAAUGCUGGUAAUGUUCUUCGAGCUGUCGCUUCCCAAGUCAACUGGCCUCGGCUGCUGAACGGCGUGGACAUUAAACUCCGGCCACAGUAUCCAGUUGUCUCAGAUCUUCUGGGACUUGUAGGGAAACAGCUGCUUUCUGUAAAUCUCUCUGGCGUUAAUACAAGCAACAUAAUACGGGUUUUUCAGGCGUUCGCCAUGCAAAUAGACUGGCUUACAAUUUUUGAAGGGUUUUAUUCAAAAUUUAGGACUUACAAUCCUUUGAUAUGGGAUAUCGAAGAACUGAUAUGGCGGGAACUGUUGACUGUGAAUCUUACAGGGAUAAACCAUCUUCAUCCUGCACAAGUCGUGCAGGCAAUCAGCGCUCGUACGAACUGGAUAGGCAUGCUGCAGGGCAUUUACGCAAAGUUGCAUGAAUUCAAUGUUCUUCCCGAAAAACCAACGCUUCCGUCUCUCAUCUCAACAUCCUUGUUAAACAUAACAUUCGGCGCCAUUCCUCGCUUUCUGGCAAACCCUCUCACUUGGCAGAUCGGUGGCAUCAUCCUGGAGGAGGUUCAAUCCUUGGAUUAUUCGAAGAUCGACCCUAGCGAUACUGGACAAUCCGUUAAGGCUAUACUCUCCCAGAUCAACGUGGGUCAAAUAUAUUCCAAAAUCAACGCCCUGUCCGGAAUGCAAGGCGCCAGUGAAGCCCUUCCUGUGGUCAGCCCCCAGUGUAGAGCCGACACCGCCUUUCUCCUCACAAACCUGGUAUCCCUGAAACCUUGGGCGUUAGCCAUGGCCGACGCAUUUGGGAAGCCUGGAGCCGGAAUAUUGAAGGGGAACCUAUACGAAAUUGGAAAUUAUGACCAGUGCUUAGCAACGACGGCUUUUGAGGAGCACAGCUGGGUGGCGGGGACGGGACCAAUGACGUCCAAAGUGGAGAGAUUCAAGGGAGAGUUCUGCCGAGUGACCUUCAACCUACCCAAAUCUUUCGUCGAUGGGCUCGGUGUGGACACCAAGGGGAUUCCCGUGAGGCUGUCGUGGGGAAUCUGUGCCCCCAGCACGUGUAAUGAGUCGGAUGUCAAGGGGGUGUUGACUACAGGGCUGCUGUCGCGGUUUAAUCUGGAUAUACAGGAGGUGUAUUGUGGAAGUAGUCCUCAGGUGAAAGACGAUCCUUCCGCGUCAGCCGCCAUCGGCGUCCUCGCCUUUCUCAUCUUUUUAAUCAUCGCCGGAACUGCUGUUGAUGUCAUUUAUAACGGCAAGAACGACGCAAAUAGCAGCGAUGUAUCUGAGAAGAAACAGACGAACGGUGUGGUUAACGGCGGAUAUGUUUCAGACGAACGUGACGUCACAAAGGUCUAUGAGCUUUCCACAUUUACCAAUCAGCGUAGAGAAAAUGGUGACAUCAGUGACAAAAGUGCUGUUGAGAGUGGGCAACUCAGCACGAAGCACAAGUCUCCCAAAUCUCAAAGUAUUGUGGUGAGAAUCUUCACGUCCUUCUCCAUUGUGUCUAAUGUGCCCAAAGUUCUGGCGGCAUCUCACUCUAAAGGCUCGAUCACAUGUAUACACGGAAUCCGCUACCUCAGCAUGGCCUGGAUUAUGCUCUGCCAUACAUUCUACUUUGGAAUCUUCUCCAUAUCUGACAACCAGACCGCAGAAAAUAUGUUAGAUGCCACGAAAUAUCUGCAGCGUUUCACGUUUAUGCCGAUUAUUUAUGGGACAUUUUCCGUGGACACGUUCUUCCUGUUAAGUGGAUUCCUAGUCGCAUAUUUGUUUUUCAAGGACUUGGAUAAGCGCAAAAGCAGGCUGAACUGUGCCAAGAUGGUUGUCUUCUACGUCCACAGGUUUUGGAGGUUGACACCGAUCUACAUGAUCAUACUAAUGGCUUUCUCCUGUCUUUACCCUUACCUCGCCUCUGGCCCGCUGUUUCCACGGUUGAUCCAAGAUGCUGAGAACUGUAAAACCAACUGGUGGACAAACCUUCUCUACGUCAAUAAUCUUGUUAACGAUAAGCAGAUGUGUAUGGGAUGGUCUUGGUACUUGGCGAACGACAUGCAAUUCUACAUAAUCUCCCCAGUAUUCAUCCUGGCUCUGUACUUCUUUCCUGUUAUUGGCAUCAUCCUCUGUUUACUUUUGGUCGCAGCCAGUAUUACAUCCACCGCUAUUAUCGAGGACAAGGGCGCAGGAAAUAUGCUUUCAACAUCCCAGAUUCCGAAACCUGGGGAGAUCAGCUAUUACUAUGAUAUAUAUGUCAAACCUUGGUGCCGGGUGGGCGCCUAUGCCAUUGGGUUACUCUUGGCCAAGCUGGUCCACCACAGAGGCAAGAAGCCAUUCAAUAAGCUCAUUGCGCUGUGCGGAUGGCUGGAUGCUCUUCUUGUCGGCCUCUUCCUGGUUUACAUCAGCUACACGGAAUUGAAGGAAGGCGCCGAGCCCUGGUCACAGAGUAUCCGGACAGCCUAUGAAAGCAUCUGCCGACCAUUAUUCUCGGCAGCCGUUGCCUGGGUUAUCUUCGCUUGCCAUUCGGGCAUGGGAGGUGUGAUAAACAGCAUCUUGUCCUUCAAAGGCUUCAUCCCGCUAGGUCGCUUGACGUACGCAGCGUAUUUGAUCCACCCUAUCCUCAUGGUGGUUUUCAUGUACACUAGGCGAGCCCUCAUACACCUAGACGAUUAUAGCAUGGUGUAUUUGUACCUGGGACACGAGUGUUUGGCGUUUGCUGCUGCUUUCAUUUUGUCCGUGGCCUUCGAGUCGCCUUUCCUCAACCUAGAAAAAAUUGUACUGAAAGCCAUUGGAAAGUGAAACCACUAUUCCAGGAUUUACAACUGAAAUCCAGAAUUAUAGGACGUUUUAAUACUUAACAUGGAAAAACGUGGCUUUAUUUAUUCCGAGAUAGAAGAACGGAUCUUCACAUUUGGUAUGUACAAGCCCCAGCGAUUACAGCGACUAUUACCUAGAGUGAGAUAAUCAACGUUCUGCAGGCGCUUUGACGUCGUUAGUAUUAUAUUUGAUCUAUACAUGUAUAUGUACUAUGGAACAAACGCACCAUAACCCUACGCAACAUGGAUGCUUCUCCAAAAUUCUGUGUGCAAAACAAUACUGUUAAAUGAUUACGUAUACGAAUUCAAAGAAGUGUGUUAUAGUUUGUAACAUAUUGCCAUUGGCAAUAAUUUCACACAAUAAACGGCACUUAGACAGACAUUUCAUUAACUCCAGCUCUUUAGAUGAUUACUUUGGUUUUGGGCGUCACAGAAUAAAUAUCCUUUCCGAUCGGUCUUGAUCAACAUUUUACUCGAGGACAUAUUUUGGCUUUCAGUGCACAUCAAUUAAUACUAAUCAGAACGCCAUUUGUCUGUUGGGACAAAUAUCAACGUUGUUAUCGUUUAUCGUGAAUCUGUACAUUCUAUACCAUCCGGUUAUAUGCAUUCAAAAUUGCAAAUCAAGAGAAUCAGUAUAUAAGAUGGGACAAAAAAAAACUGUAAGUAUACAACGAAAAUAUUAACUGUGACCAUGGUUCUCCGCCUCGACGCAUGUACUGACAAAGAGAAGCAGGCAACAUAAUAAUGACAUCGGAGAAAAACCUCUAUUAUUUAUCAGUAAAUGAUUUAUAAGUGUAGACCUUUUGUGUAUGUUUAAUGGAGUGAAUAACAUUUUGAGUUUGUAAUGGGACUAAAUGAAACCCACGGUAUUAUGACAAGCGAACCACUGUGGCCAACUGCUACAGAGUCUACACAGCUUUGUCUUCUAUAUGUAUAUUGUAGCAUUUCUGGAGGUUUGUGUGAAUAGUUCAAGUCUCUAUUGAAUAAUACAUGUACUUAUUUAUGUUAAGUUCACAAAUCAAUAAUCUCGACAAAUAAGUUGUUUUCGUCUUUGUUGUACUGUAAGAAUUGCACAUGAAGUGGAACGUCGUGCAAAGAGGAUAAUUGACGAGCCAUAACUGUGGUACAUUAUACAGUGACUUUUUUAUCUGAAAACAUAACUCUUCAAAGGAGUCAGUCUUUUUUUCUGUGUUGAUAUUGACGCCUUUAUAAAUUAUUAACACUUCAGGAUCUCUUACACAAUCAGUAUUGCUAGACGUGUGGCAUGGGUAUUUCAGAAGCAUCCCACCCUUACAUUGUGUCAAGCGUUUUCCUGAGAGUACAGUAUGGUUUGGUUGAGAAGUUGUGUAUUUGCUAGUUAACAGAAUCAGAGACCUUCUCUAAACACUUGUCUGAACGUUUGCGCGCACUUCUUGCUUAGUGCUCUCGGAUAAUCCGUGCUCACUGAUUCCAGUUGUAUAUCCACAGUCAAGGGACCAUGAUCUGUGAAUCUUUUGUGUUUGCAACGAUUUUAGCCGUGUCAAAAUAAACAGAUAAGAAAAGCACGAAGAAGCAUUGUCGGAAUUGCUAUGUUCUCCAUAUAAAACUAAAAUGAAUACUAGGAAAGCUUUACCAAUGGGUCGGUUAAAGCUAGAAAAGAAAUCGAAUAAACCGCAUUCUAUCAUGGAUUAAUAUACAAGCAAACAUCAUCAGCUUCCAGCGGAAAGCCAAAGGGUUGGCAAACAUUAUUCCUGUGAGUGAAUGUGCUCAGGUGUGAAACAUCACAGUCAGUACUAUUUCAAUAUACUGUAUAUGUAACCCUGAAACAGCAUACAGUACCAAAUUUACGUUUUUCCGUAAGUUAUUUGUACUACAUUACUUUGUGUUUAUGAUACAGCAGUUAGCUCUAUGUCGCUUCCACAUGUUGCGAUUGGUGCUAUCGUCACUUCGAAUUCAAUUACUCGAACGAAAAGAGAACAAUCCCUAUUUCAUAGAUGUUGCAAAAUUAGACAAAUCGCACCUAGUGAAUGCGGCUUAUAAAAUCGCCUUUGUCUUAUUUGUUCGAUUACUUAAAUGCGAUAAAUUUGAUAAAACAAAUCGAACCGCGUAAAUGAAAUAAAAC